AUGGAGCGUCAAGACCAGCCUCAGCGUCUGCCUCAUGAGGACGUGGACAAGCUGAUCUACUCGACAACUUCAAGGCGGGUAGCUGCUCCUGUAAAGCUGUGCUUACUACGGUACGACAGGAAGCCGCGAAAGACGGCGCAUGCAAAAGAACGCAGCAAUCUCAUCUCGCUGUUCGCGCGUGCGGAGCUGAGCGGCAUCCGACACCGCGAGUCCAAUCCGAUGGACGCCAUCUUGUCGCGCGUGGGCGUGAGCGACGCCCAGCUCCGGCAGCACUGCGAGGCCGCCGUGCUGGACGAGCUGCAGCAGGCGGACGCGCGCGUGCAAGACGUGGUCGCCGCGCUGCAGCAGGCGCUCAAGGUCGUGCGCGCGUCGCGCGAGCUGCACCAGUCGCUGGUGCUCAACGAGUGCGAGCAGGUGCAGGCGUCCUUCCGCCGCCUGGGCGCGUCCUGCAACCAGAUCGGCCCGCUGCUGCGGCUGCUGCACCGCGACAUGGGCGCCACCGUCUCGUCGGCCUCGGACCAGUCGGCCGCCGUGGCUCAGGCGGGAGCUUCUGAAGCUCCUGGAGCUUCUGCUGCUGUUUCAACGGUCUCAACAGCGCCCCAGCGGACCGAGACGAAACCUGCCGCGCCUCAGUCGUCGGCGUCCUCCUCCACGGCCAGUGAGUAUGAGCUGUCGUCCGAUGAGGACGAAGACGACGACGAGCCGGAGGUGGUGGAGGUGGCCCCGCCCACGAGCAGCAAGAAGCGCAAAGCGGCCACGUUGGACUUGUCCCAGUCGCCCCCGCCAGCGGCGAGGAGGAAGACGACGACGACGACGACGCUGGACGAGGACACGCAGACUGUGCGCAGCUAUCUGGCAAGCCAGCUGAAGCAGCUGCAGGCGCUGCCGGCGCACGGAUACAGCGUGGCGACUCACAAGGAGCUCGCGGCGUACGUGAAGAAAGUGUUCGCAGCAGCAGACAAGUUCGACGACUGGCAGCCGCGGGACGACCCGACGCUCGCUCGGCUGCUCCACGAGAUGGAGAGGCGGGUGGGUGUGUUCAAAGACAGCGUGGCCCAGCUGAUGCGUUGCAAGACUAUCAGUAAAUGGCAGAAGGAGAUGACGGGGUCUGCGUUCGUGCCGAGCCUGGACCUCGUUGCCGUUCCGAUUCACCGUAUUGUGAGUAAGGCGCAUGUGGAUGCUUCGGACAAGCAGGAAAGGAAGAAGAAGUAUUUCCUGCCCUUGCUUGAUACAAUGACGAAGUUCUUUGCUAGUGCUGCGGUGACAAAAAGUGCUUCCGUUCUUUCGGGUGGCGUCAAGCAAUGCAAUGCCGGACUCGGGCUGCUAGCUGCUUUAGCAUCGCGUGAUGGCACUGGCCUCUCUUGCAGAGAGUGUAUGCGAGUUGAAGAGCUGCUGUACUUACUUCGUUUGGUCAUGCACAAAGUCCCUCAGUUCCGCGGAAAGGCCGCCAAGUUAGUGUCCGCUAUCGUCAAUUUAUUCCCAGAAGCGGCUCGGCCUAACUUUGGUUGUUCGGUUGACGAGCCCACGCAAUCCGAGCCGAAGAAAAAGAAGAGUCAAUCGAAUCACGAGAAAGAUAACCACGGCAAGUCAGAGAAGACAAGUAAGAAGAGUAAAAAGAAGAAGAAGAAACACUAG